CUUCCAUAUCACCCCUUUCAACCUCUCUGCUAUGAUCUUGGAUUGCUUCAAGUAUCCAUCUCAUAUGGAUUGCUUCAAGUAUCCAUCAAUGUGGGUGAAAGGCAUUGGAACGGAAGAAAAUUGUCAUUGGAGUGGUGGACACCGGUGGCCGGUACAGAUCUGGCAAGCAAGAGGUCGGAACUCAGAUGGAUCAAAGCAUUCGACAUCCCGCUUCAUGCUUGGUCACUAGAUACCUUUAAAACUGUUGGUGAAUUUUGUGGUGGCUAUGUUGGGGUUGAUGAAGAUAUAAAACAUGUCAAUCAUCUAUGCAUAAGGAACACUGAAGCCAAAACACCUGGUAAGAUUAAUCUUGAUAUAGGAGAAUGGAAGUUCGAAAUCUCCUUGGUGGAUGAAGUUUCUGCUACUCCUAGAUUGGUCGGAAAAUCUGAUAUGCAUCCGUCUUGUUUGACCCCUUUAAGAUGGAUGGUUUAUAGGACUUGUAGAUGGCUCCAGAUUGCUUCACCCCUUUACAACAACAACAAACCAAGUGAAAUCUCACAAGUGGGGUCUGGGGAAGAGAGUAGGCCUGCCGAACUAUUUUUCCAGAUGCAUUUGCUUGCUAGACGGCUGACAGAAGGUUCUGGAGCUAUAUCCAAUCUGGAGCCAUCUACAAGUCCUAUAAGAUGGAUACUUGAAGCAAUCCAUAUGAAUCCGUCUUGUUUGAGAUACUGGAGAGCUUUGUUGAAAUUUAUGGAGUAAAUUGCAAGCUCCGCAACUCGUACGACAACUCAAAUUCUGUCCUUUCUGCUACCAGCUAGGCAUCUCUUUUUGUUUUUGCUUUCUAUAAUAGGGCAAAUAUUACGUUUGUAUUUGCCUUUUGUAUUAGUUAAUUUAAAAUUCUUUCUUUAUUUGCUCAUUUUGGUUCA